AUGGAUUUGUGGGAGUUAUUGAUAGCGGUGGCGGCGGUGGUGGCGGGAGUGGCGGCGGUGAGCGGCGGGGCGAGGAGGGUGCAGGAGUGGGUGCACGAAUGGGGGCUCGGAGAGAAGAGGAAAAGGUUGCCGCCGGGGGAUCUCGGGUGGCCUCUCCUCGGCAACAUGGCCGCUUUCCUCUGGGCCUUCAAAUCCAACGAUCCCGAUUCUUUCAUCAACUCCUACAUCCGACGGUUUAGCCGCAUUGGAAUAUACAAGGCCUAUAUGUUUGGGACCCCAACAAUCAUGGUUACAAUACCUGAGACCUGCAAGCAAGUUUUGAUGGAUGACGACCUGUUCGUGCCUGGUUGGCCUAAAGCCACUUGCGAGCUCAUUGGGAAGAAAUCAUUUGUAGGCAUUAUUCAUGAAGAACACAAGCGGCUAAGGAGACUGACAGCAGCUCCAAUUAAUGGUUGUGAAGCACUAACUACAUAUCUAGAGUUCAUUGAGGAUACUGUUGUAUCAACUCUGGAGAAGUGGGCAGGAAUGGGAGAAAUUGAGUUCCUUACAGAGCUGAGGAGGUUUACAUUCAAGAUAAUCAUGAAAAUAUUUCUAAGCUCAGAGAGUGACAGCAUAAUGGAGACCUUGGAGAAAGUCUACACUGAUCUGAACUAUGGAAUGAGGGCAAUGGCCAUUAACAUCCCUGGAUUUGCUUACCAUAAAGCACUCAAGGCUCGGAAAAAAUUGGUGGCCAUUCUGCAAGCUGCUCUGGAAGAAAGAAAAGCAGCAAGGGCAACAAAUCCACCUCCAGCAGAUAAGGACAUGAUGGAUCGUCUCAUGGAAGUCGAAGAUGAAAAUGGCAGAAAGUUAAGCAAUGAGGAGAUUAUUGAUAUAUUGAUUAUGUAUCUCAAUGCUGGUCAUGAAUCUUCUGGCCAUAUCACCAUGUGGGCCACUGUGUUUCUACAAGAACACCCUGAAUUUUUCCAAAAAGCUAAGGCAGAACAAGAGGAGAUCAGAAGAAAUAAACCACCUAUGCAGAAGGGACUCACACUAAGGGAGGUCAGAAAAAUGGAGUAUCUUUCAAAGGUUAUUGAUGAGACACUACGCAUAGUUAACAUCUCAUUUGUGGCUUUCCGGAAAGCAACUGCUGAUGUCUACGUCAACGGUUAUCUCAUACCUAAAGGGUGGAGAGUUCAGACUUGGUACAGAAGUGUUCACAUGGAUCCUGAAGUUUACCCAGACCCUAAGAAGUUCAAUCCAAGCAGAUGGGAUGGUCUUACACCCAAAUCAGGAACUUUCCUUCCCUUUGGAGGAGGAAGCAGGUUGUGCCCUGGAAAUGAGCUGGCCAAAAUAGAGAUCUCAAUUUUCCUGCACUAUUUUCUUCUUAAAUAUCAGCUGACAAGGCUGAACCCAAAAUGUCCAGUGAGAUAUUUACCUCAUCCGCGUCCAACAGACAAUUGCCUGGCAAAAAUCACAAAGAUCCCAACAACAUCAAUGUAAGCAGAAUGCAGAUGUGAAAAGCUCUCCAUGUUUUAUCAAAUAAUUGUAAGAAAAUUAUGUUUCAAUGUGGCUGAUUUUGUCCCAAUUUUCAGUCUAUUGAUAUAAUUUACAAGAUAGGCUCAUUUUUGCACAAAAUAAAGGAAAAGAACUUUUA